UUCUAUUAAUCUAAUUAAACAUCAUGUAGUAUGUAGGGAACAAUUAGUAAUUUGAGAUCAAUACAAAUGCUGUGAUUGGAUAUGGUAGCUAUGGCAAAGUAUUUGAAUGCUAGUCUAAAUUUGGGAAUUUCCCAUUUAAAUUAUGUGCCAAAGUAUAUAUUCAAAUUAUUAAAAGGUCACAAGUAUAUAUAAGGACAACAAGCCAAACUAAGAGAAAGAAAUUAAUAGAGAAAAAGAAAUCACAGAGAUUGUUUAAAGGAAUAGAGAUAAUCAAAAUCUUGUCUAAAUUUAUUAUGUAGAGCAUAUUAAAGAAAAGUCAUACCUGGUUGUGAUUAUGGAAAGAUGCUAAACUAACCUUUAAGAGGAGUGGAAAAAGAAAAAUAUAUACUAAGAACAAGAAGUUUUAGAUUUUUUAAGAUAAUUUUUGAAUGGUUAUAGAGCCCUUUAUGAUUCGAAUGUUAUUCACAGAGAUAUUAAGCCAGAAAACAUUCUAAUAUAAUAAAUUGGUAUGUAAAAGUACUACAGAUUGGCUGACUUUGGUAUAGGUAGAAUUUAUAAAUUAAAUGACUUUAAAUUUACAAAAGUAGGAACACCUAUUUAUGCAUCGCCUGAAUUAAAUUCAUUAAUUUAAGAUUCUGAUCUAGAUACUAAAUUUGCUACAAUGAAAAAAGAAAAACAAAAAAGUGUUGUUGAUAUUUACUCUGUAUUAAUCUAAUAUUUAUUAAGCUUGGCAUACUUUUACAUAGUAUUGUGACAGGAGGUUUUCCAUUUGAGCCUACUUAAAAUAAAAUUGUCAAAUUUCUGAAUGAAAUUAAAACUAAAGAUUAUAAACUCAAAUCUAAUGCAAAUCCAAUAUUAAUAAGUUUAAUUGAAAGAAUGAUUGUUUAUGAUCCAUAUAGAAGAUUGACAUUUGAUACUUUGUUUGAUGAAGUCAAUAGAAUUACAUCAUAUAUGAGAAAUCCAAUUCCUUAACCAAUUUUUUAACCAAUACUAAAUGGAAAUUAAUAAGUAACUUAAAUUUAAAUUUAAUAGUUUCCUCUUUAAAAGGAAUUUCCUACUUAAUAGUAAUUUCCUCCUUAAUAGUAAUUUCCUCCUUAAUAGUAAUUUCCUCCUUAACCAUAAUUUCCUACUUAACAAUAAUAAUAACAAUAAAUUACUGGUUUUUAAGGGCCAAAUCCAAUUUAAAAAGGUUCUAUUAUUAAUUAAGAAUAACUCAAUAUUUCAAAUGAAAUAACCUGUUUUUUAAAAAAGAUUUUGUAAAUCCAUAAAAAUAGUUUAAAUUCGCAAGUUAUAACUACUUUAUAGGAGUAUAUCUUAAACAAUAAAAAUUUAAGUGAAAUUGGAAAAUUAUAUAAUAAUUUUGACAAAAAUAUAAAUUAUAACAAUGAAGAAAUUUAAUUUUAUUAUUGCUUGAAAUAUGGAUUAUAAAAUUAGGCUUUUGUGAGUAAAAAAUCACGUGAUGAUCAAUUAAGAGACUUGUCUAAUUGA